GGUAGAUACUCGGCACUAGCUUAUCAUGAAUCCAUCUACUCCAAGCUCGUUCGCCGGAGUGGGAUAAUUCAAACAAACCACGGCCUCUCUCUCGAAAAGUCACGUUGGCAGUGGAAACGCCGCGCAAAUUAUCCGUCGCGCCACCAGAAGCUGCCGGAAUGCCCUUCCUGCGUUAAUGGUACCAUUCCGUCCGGUUUGGAAUAUUGAUUGCGACUCUUUAGCGGGAAGCCGUCUACGUUUCUCGAGCCACGCUCCAGAUCUACUUAAUCAGCCCUUGUGGAUAAGGUACACUCAAACAGCCCCUUCACAUUCGGCCAGCCAAUCUAGACUCACCUUCGCCCCUUGGUUAUGCAAGUGACAUUCAGAGGACGGCCAAGCAAAGGUUGCAACAAGUGCAGGCAACGCAAAGUCAAGUGCGACGAAGGACAACCGAUCUGUGAGCGCUGCACCAAAGGCGGCUUCGAAUGCACGUACAGAGAUGAAUUCGAUCUGCUGCUAAGGAACCAAACGACCGAGACAGCGGAAAAGGCAAAGCGAAAAUGGCGCUCGCGCGCGAAGAAGCUCGAAGAACGUACGAGCAGCUCGCACGCCUCACCGUCCACCAGCAGCAGCAGCGAUCCCUGCGACUCGCCGGCAUCGAGGACGACAGAUUGCGUGCCCGAGUGUUCCCCGCCUGUGGACUUGGAUCAAUCCAUCUACGAUUUAGCCACGAAGCGCUUCUUGUUUGAUUUCGUCAUCCCGGGAGGCUCUCAAGUGCCUAAGACUGGCUUUGCUUCGUUCGUCCUUCGUAUCGUUGACGACAUGAAGCCAGGCACUUGCAUCUAUCACGCCUUUCGGGCGACGUCGCUCGCAAAUUUCGCGGGUCGAAGCAAGUCCACACAUGCUGCCGAGAUGGCUUCGAAAGAAUACGGAAAGACGAUAAAAUUGCUCGGUUCUUACGUUUCCAGGCCUGAAUCCUUACCGCCUCUACAGACGCUGUCAUCCAUCUGUUUGCUCAGCGCGUACGAGAUCCUAGCUACACCGUAUCUAACGCACGGAGGAAGUUGGCAGGCACACGUGAACGGCUCUGUUGCUCUCCUGAACAGCUUGUAUAGCGGUGGAGCGAGUGGCCUUGAACAGCUAACUGAGCUCUUCAUGCACAUUAUAAUACAAAUGCUGAUCAACUGCAUGGGAUUUGGCAACAGACCAUCCAUACCGCUGAGUACAGUGGACGCAUUUGUUAGACCCAAGACGAUGUCCUAUCAAGUCCUGUCUUUGCUAUACAAGGCUGCCGACACGAUUGCAGAAUGGCGCACCGCGGAGCUGGAUACAAACAGCCAGGACUCGCUCGUUAUGGCGGCUAUGAAAAUGGUUACCAGUACGGAAAUCAUUGACGCAGAAAUCGAGCAGUGGCUGGCUGAGCGGGCGCCUAUAUGGGAAGAAGAUAUCAAGGAGUGUCAAAAAGAGCAGUUGCCGGGCUGGCUUAAGCCUCUCUACGACCUGCCCGGCGCGCCGUCACAAAUGCGUCUUGCCAGCAAUCUGUUGAUCGCGCAAAGGUACAACCUGACGCGUGGGACAAGGAUACAGCUGUAUGCGCACACGCUCAAUGCGAUAGACGUGCUCAUCGCAUCCGCAAAAGAUGACAACGAUCUAGAGCUAUGGCUGGAAACUCAGCUCCGGUGCGAGCUGCGCGUGAUGCAGCUGAUUGAGGAGGUCUUGUGUUCCAUAUACGGACAUAUGACGCUGCCAAUCCGAGGAAAGCCGGCGCAGAAGGAGGUCGAAGACGUUCCAACCCUAAGAGUAUUCAUGUUAUUGUGGCCGUUGUACAAAGUAUCAAUGAUGCUAGCAAGGCGCGAGUCACUGCAGCAGCGCGACACGCAGGGUCGUAGAUUCUGGGCCCGAUCGAUCCUGUGCUGGUGCAGGGAUGAGAUGGGCGUGAAGAAGUGCGAAGCCUUUGUAGAUAACAUCGACGGAAAGUUCGGGCUAACUUUCAGCUAACGUUUGACGAGAGGAUCUAACUCGUAGCAUGACUUUAUGCAUGUCAAGAAGCGAUCUCUUUUUAACGCAA